UCUCUCUCUCUCUCUCGGGUCUUGUCACCAGCUCUGCUUCCGUUAGCGGAGCCAGGAACAGCUUCUGCUGCUUCACGAAGCUAAAGAAAGGAAGCAGAAGAAGAGCAGCAGUGCGUUGAUGCUAACAACAGUACAGCCAUGGCCGAGGAAGCAUCACCUCCCUCCAAAGUCCCCCGCCUCUCUUCGGAUCCCAGCGCAGGGGGAGGGGGAGUUGUAACUAUAGCGGCGGCGGCGGCGGCGGCGGCGGCGGCGGCGGCGCCGUUGGUUCUGGGACUGGGGCUGGGGUUAGGGGCAUCGGGCGGCGCGGUGGCUGCGGCGGCGGGCGCGCAGAACAAGGCGGCGUUCACGUUCAUGCAGCUGCAGGAGCUGGAGCACCAGGCGCUCAUCUAUAAGUACAUGGCGGCCGGCGUCCCCGUCCCCGUCCACCUCGUCCUCCCCAUCUGGAAGAGCGUCGCCGCCUCCUCCUUCGGCCCCUUCCACUUCCCCUCUCUGAUGGGGUUGGGGAGCUUGUGCUAUGACUACAGGAACAGCAUGGAGCCGGAGCCGGGGCGGUGCCGUCGCACCGACGGCAAGAAAUGGCGGUGCUCGAGGGAUGUGGUGGCCGGCCAGAAGUACUGCGAGCGCCACAUGCACCGCGGCCGCAACCGUUCAAGAAAGCCUGUGGAACCACCACCAGGCGCAGCCCCCGCUCCCGCGCCUCUCGGCACCGGCACCGGCACCGGCACCGGCAACGGCACCGCUGGGCUCCAACUCAUGCCCGCCGCAGCCAAUUCUAGCGGCGCGAGCAGCAGCAGCGGCAGCAGCAACAAUGUGUCGCCCCACAACCUCGGAUUCUCUCCGACAAGCGUUCUCCACAGUGGCGCCGCGUGUAGAACUGGCCCCAUCUGAGGGACCUUAAAAGUUUUUAGUUUAUAGUGUUUAGUGUAGUAACCUCUAUAUUUUGCUGGCUCUUUUUUGGUUUGUAUUUUGGAUGUUUUGUUUUGGAAGAGUGGGGAGGAGCACAUACCAGGUGUUUGUUGGUAUGCGACUAAGGGAGCCGAAGCCAAGUGAUUUCCCUAUCUUUAGUUGUAGACCUGCUACUGCUGGGGCAAAUAUUGGAUGCCCUCCAUUGCCGUAUAUCUAUUUUUAUAAGUUUACUAUGGCACACUGUAACUUUAUAAGUAAAAAACAAAAACUUCUGAUAA